AUGACCUCUCACGAACAAGCGGUGGAUCACUCCUCUACCACUCCAGAGCCAGGUAGAGGUCCUGAAUCAGCGGGACCGUCCAGAACGCCCUCCGUCAGCUCGGGAACCAUCUCUUCGUCUACCCCCUCACGCAAGGGCAAAGAACGAGCUCAAUCGAUAGAGGCGAGGAAUGGUCGAAGCAUGUCCCCUCGGCCGCGGCAAAUCAAUCCGACGGACGAUUCAAACGGAAGGAUCAAUGGUGUCCAGAGUGAGGAUGACGAAAGUGAGGAUGAUGCCGAGGAAGAAGAGCCAGCUCUCAAGUAUAGUCGCCUAAAAGGUCAGAUACCAGAAAUAUUGGCGAAAGACACUGCUUCAGCUAUAGACAUCUCUCCCCGGGUCAUUGCUCUGGGCACACAUAACGGUAUGGUUCAUGUGUUGAGCUACGAAGGCUCCAAGGUCAACUCCUUCCGACCUCAUGCAGCCAGUAUCACGUGUCUCCGGAUGGACGAAGAGAAUGAUUUUGUCGCUACGGCGAGUUUCGAAGGACGGGUAGUCAUUCAUUCCAUCACAAGUACUGAGUCAUACGCUUUCGACUACAAGAGACCUAUGCGCGCUAUAGCUUUGGAACCUGGAUUUUCCAAGAAGACCACACGUAGAUUCGUAUGCGGAGGAAUGGCCGGUAAUCUGAUACUGCAGGAGAAGGGCUGGCUGGGGUACAAGGAGCAAAUUCUGCAUUCCGGUGAAGGACCAAUAUGGGCAAUCGAAUGGAGAAGUAGCCUCAUUGCUUGGGCGAAUGACAUGGGCGUGAAAAUCUAUGAUACCGCAAGUGAAACACGUAUAGGCUACAUAGACCGUGGAGCCAAUGCACCAAGAGCAGAGCUGUUUCGAUGCACGUUGGUCUGGAAAGACGACACUACCCUUCUCAUAGCUUGGGCCGACCACAUAAAAGUCGUCCGCAUUCGGUCUCGCUCUCGACCAACAGCAUCUAUCGGACCUCCAAUACUCUCGAUCGAAUUGACUGCGGACUAUCAAGUCGACUGCAUGAUUUCUGGUAUCGCCCAAUAUCAGUCUUCUUAUAUGGUUUUAGCAUAUAUUUCUCCGGACACGUUCGAGAAUGAAGCAACCCAGGAUCGAGCGGAGCAGAGGCGCAAAGCUGCCAACCCUCCGGAGCUUCGGCUGAUACAGAAUGGCGAGGAGGUAUCUGCGGAUGAGCUGCAAUUGUCGAAUUUCCACAUGAAUGGAUGUAACGACUAUUCGUUGGUCAAGUCGAGGCGGGACCAAGAGGUAUUCUUCGUACUGAGUCCGUCGGAUGUCAUCGUGGUGCGACCGAGGGAUGAUGCGGAUCAUGUGGAAUGGCUAGUCGAGAGAGAGAAAUUCGAGGAGGCUUUGACUGCGGCGGAAGUGAUGCAGGAGGAACAUGGAGCGGCUCUGGACGUGAAGGCGAUAGGUCUGAAGUACAUGCGACAUCUGGUAGAGCGAGGCGAUUAUACGCAUGCAGCAAAUCUGGCACCUAAAAUGCUCAAAAGCGACAGACAGGGCUGGGAAACCUGGGUCUACAUCUUUGUGCAGAAACAUCAAUUGAGCGCGAUCAUACCUUUGAUACCGACCAAAGAGCCUCAGCUGAGUAGACCGGUGUACGAGAUGAUCCUAGGUUAUUUGGUCGUCAACGAUAGACUGCUGUUGCUGGAAAUUCUCACCACCUGGCCAGCCGACGUCUACGACAUCGGUACGGUCAUGUCUGCUGUUCAAGGCGAGCUCCAAGCGACUAAGGAUGACCCCACUCUUCUGGAAUGUAUGGGCGAGCUUCACAUUUUAUCUCGUCAACCUGCGAAGGCUCUUCCAUAUUUCCUCCGUCUGCGAAAGCUGAACGUCUUCGAUCUGAUAAGGGAACACAACCUCUUCUCAGCAGUUCAAGACCAAGCGCUGUUGCUUGUGGAAUUUGAUCAAGAACGCGUCACACACACCCAGCAAGAAAAUCCAAAUGCAGAGAAGGGCAAGCAUGGAGCUGCCAUUCAGCUGCUGGUGGAUCAUACCCAUUCUAUACCUAUCGAUCGAGUGGUCCAUCAGCUCGAGGUUCGACCACAGUAUCUAUACAUGUACCUUGACACCUUGUUCGAUAAGGACUCACAAUUGAUUCUGCCUUACUCAGAUAGAAUGAUCGAACUGUGUGCGGCUUAUGAUCGAGAGAAGCUCAUGCCUUUCCUUCGAGCGAGCAACUUUUACGAUCUCGAAAAAGCUUUGAAUAUCUGCAAGAGUCGAGAUUAUGUGGAUGAGAUGGUGUUCCUGCUAGGACGGAUGGGUAACAAUAAACAGGCCCUGAUGUUGAUUAUCGAACGGCUAGGGGAUGUGAAAAAGGCCAUCGAGUUCGCUAGUGAACAAGCCGAUGAAGAUCUAUGGGAAGAUCUUUUAUCGUACUCUGAAACCCGACCAGAUUUCAUACGCGCCCUUCUCGAGCACGUCGGAGCUGAGAUCAAUCCCAUUCGUUUGAUCCGCAGAAUCAAAGACGGUAUGGAGAUUCCUGGUCUGAAACCUGCUUUGGUGAAGAUCCUUCAAGCGUCAAAUCUACAGGUCUCGUUAUUGGAUGGGUGUAGACAUGUUUUGAAUAGCGAUUGCAGCUUUUUAGCUACCGACUUGCAAAAGGGUCAGACUGGUAGCGCUCGAGGUUCUCUAUCAAGCACAUGUGACUUUUGUCAACUCCCCCUCUUUCCCUCUUCACCCUCUUCAUCUUCCCCUAUCGUCCCUACACUGGGUUACCUAUGUAAACACAUGGUUCACUCCACUUGCUCAUUACUCAACGCCGACGUCGAGCUGCCUGUGAGAGAAGACGCAGCGGUCUCCCAUUUACUUUCCGGUGACAGGGGUAAAAGUGUUCGAACGCGUCAAAGAGAAUUGGGAGCAAAGUUGUCUUAUGCCGCCGCUGUCAGAGUGAGGGUAGGUGGAUGUCCUGUGUGUUCUCAUAAAAGAGGAGAAGCAACACGACGGGCGGUUCCGGCGUGAUGAUCACAUGCAAUCGGGUUGCGGUUUUGGAUAAACGUUGGAACAUUUGUCAAGUGGUCGUUCAUAUGCAUGGUCGUCGUAUG